AUGACACCAAACAAGAACAAGAGAUCAGGAAUCCCAUUUACAUGGAAAAGUUUUGUAGCAUUUGUUUGUGCAGGAAUUGGAUUGUAUUUUUAUUUUAAUUAUGAAAAACAAAAGUUGAUUGCAAAACGCAAAGAAGAAUUAGCAAGUAAAACAUUUGGUAAACCAAACAUUGGUGGACCAUUUGAAUUAGUGAAUCAAGAUGGUCAAACUGUAUCUGAUAAAAGUUUUCUUGGUAAAUUUCUUUUGGUCUAUUUUGGAUUCACUCAUUGUCCUGAUAUUUGUCCUGUUGAAUUAAAUAAGAUGGCUAAAGUUACUGAUAAAAUAAAUAAUGAUUCAAAAUAUGGAAACAUCUUGACUCCAAUUUUUAUAUCAUGCGAUCCUAAUCGUGAUACAUAUGAAGUAAUUAAAAAAUAUAUCAGUGGAUAUCACAAAGAUAUGAUAGGCUUAACAGGAACUUAUGAACAAAUAGCCAAAGCAGCUAAAGCUUAUAGAGUAUAUUUUAGUCGUCCACCUGAUAUUAAAUCUAAUGAAGAAGAAUAUUUAGUAGAUCAUUCUAUUUUCUUUUAUUUAAUGGAUCCAAAUGGAGAAUUUAUUGAUUGUUACGGAAGUAAUACUACUAUUGAAGAAGUUAGUAAUAGUGUUAAAGAUUAUAUUAAAAAUUUUCUAUCAAAAAAAGGAAAUAGAGAUGUUGGGAUUUUAAAGUAA